AUGUCAGCAGAGGCCGAGCUCCAGCCGGGUGUCAAAACCAGCCAGCGAAAGGAGUCCAGGAGGAUCAAAGGUCAGGACCGCAGUGAGGCGGGGCUUAUUAAGCGUUUCCGUGGAGAUGGCGUGCGGUACAAGGCCAAGCUGAUCGGGAUUGAUGAGGUGACGGCGGCUCGCGGGGACAAGCUGUGCCAGGACUCCAUGAUGAAGCUGAAGGGAAUGGCUUCCUCGGCACGUUCCAAAGGGGAGCACAAGCAGAGAGUCUUCCUGACGGUCUCUUUCGGCGGGAUCAAGAUUUACUGUGAAAGAUCAGGGGUGCUCCUGCAUCACCACUCAGUCCAUGAGAUCAGCUACAUCGCCAAGGACACCAGGGACCACCGAGCCUUCGGCUAUGUCUGUGGGAAGGAGGGCCACCACAGGUUUGUGGCCAUCAAGACUGCACAGUCGGCGGAGCCUCUCAUCAUUGACCUGCGCGACCUCUUCACGCUCAUCUACGAUAUUAAACAGCGGGAGGAGAUGGAGAAAAAGGCUCAGAAGGACAAACAGUGUGAGCAGGCGGUUUACCAGACCAUCCUGGAGGACGAAGUGGAUGAUCCAGUUUACCAGUACAUAGUGUUUGAGGCUGGACACGAACCCCUCCGUGGCCCCCAGUCAGAGGAGAGCGUUUAUCAGAAUAUCAACCACUUUGAUCUUUUCGGCGACAUGUCCACUCCUCCCUCGAUGCCUCCAUCACCUGCCAACACACUGGACCCUAGCAGGAGCAGCCGCCAGCAGCAGCAACACACUGCUGCUGAGAUGUACGCCCCGUUCAGCCCCACCUCUGUGCCGUCAGGUUAUAUGACCAUGGGGCCGGUGCAGGCGGCCCAGUGGGCGCAGCAGCCGUUUCCUGCCCAGGCUCAGACUCUGGCCUUCCCCGUGCAGGGGCCCCUCCAGGUGGCUCAGGUCCUCCCCGGUGGUCAGCCGGUCAUCUGGAGCCAGGCCAACAUUUUCCCCGCCGCUCAACAGCAGUGGGCGGCCAUGGCGGCCUACAUGCCGGCCCAGACUGUGGGCGUGGGGGGCCAUGCCAUCCCAGCUGCCAUGCUCCAAGGCUUGGUUCCAAUUACCACCAUGUGCCCCCAAGCCUGCGACCUAUCAGCCCCGUCCUCAGCCAUCACCAGCCCCCAGCACACGGCCGACCCCGCCCUGCUCCAGAGGCAGCUGAGCCUGGGUAAAGAGGGCCUCGGCGCGGACUCAGACGCAGGCGAGGGCCCCUCUACAUCAGGAGCUGGAGCAGCAGGUGUGGGACCUGGCGUCGCGUCAGCAGCGGUGAGCAGGUGUGGGACCCCAGGCCUCAUGAGUGUACCGGACACACUGGCCUGCAGUCAGCUGCUGCCACCUUCAUCUGCUGCAGCCCAGGAAGAGGAAGGGAGCUGUAGCGACCUUGACCUCUCUAGGAUGACCUUGAGCCCGGGUACAUCCACAUCACCAUCCACUGAAUCACCAUCCACUCCAGCCCCUCAUCAGAGCUGUUCCUCUGACUGCCCCCCACCCCAGGCCAGUGACCCCCCCACAGAUCACUCCCCUGUUGACCCGGAGGGCAGCGCCAGCAACGACAAGGAGGAACAAUCGGGCUCUGAUGUUGCGAGGUCGGUCUCUCCGGCGCCCAGUGGAGCUCCUGAUCCUACGCAGGAUGAGACCUGUGCACAGGAAGACAGCUAG